AUGAGUAUCCAUUACCUCCUCUUCGCAUUUCUCCUGGUGCUGUUAUGUCCACUUGCAGGUACUUUUAACCAACAUAUCAACAAUCCUGUAAGUUGCCGUAUGUUAGGAGGCAAAUGCCUGCAUCGGUGCAGGGGCAAACAUCUUAGGAAUGGCAGUUCUUCACUUCGUAGACUCUCAUGCUGCAAGAUAAAAUAG